AUGAGCGAUGGGGAGAAGGUGGAGCGGAUAGGGGAUGCUGCGCGCAUGUGGGGGAAGCAGGCCGCGCAGAAGGGCGCCAAGGCGCUGGCGCAGGCCGCCAUGGGCGCGGGGGAGAGGGACGUGCAGCAGUUGGCAGUGAAAGCAGCCAAGGCGCUCGACAAGGUAGCAGAGAGCAUCAAAGCCCCGGCCAGACAAAAGCUGCCGCCCCUCCCCCUCUCCUCCGCCAAGUACCUCUACCUCGCUGCAGCCCUCAUGCUCUCGCCCGUGCUCCUCACUCCCGUGCCCACUGCCCCUAUGGUGGCGCCCGGUCUUCUCCUCCUCUCUAUCGCCGUCUUUCAGUCCGCCAAAACUCUCCCUGCCAACGUGCGCUCGCUGCUAGUCCCUACAGUAGCAGCAGGCGGGGUAAUGACGUCGCUCAUGGCCAUGUAUGGUUCAUAUGCUCUCAACAACUGGCAAGCAGGCAUCCGGCUCUACUCCCAAGGGGCAGGUGCAUUUCUCGUGGCUCUGAUCGGGCCUGCAGUGGGGGCGUUGGGCUUUAAGGUAUUCACGGAAAAGUCGCUGCUCAAGAGAUACGCCCUUGACAUUGCUGCCACGUGUGCCAUCAUGGUGCCAGUCCAGUUCAUGGUGACAGCGCUGCUAGGGAGGUUGCUUAUGGCGCCCCCCAUCGUCAUCAACUCGCUUAUCCCCUCACACACCACCCUGGGUCUAGCCAUCGAAAUGGUACCUCUCCUCUCUGCCAGCACAGGCCUGGUGGUGGCGGGUGUGACUAUAGCGGGCACCACCGGUAUUAGCACGGCCAGAACCCUCCUGGACCAGUGGAAGGUGCGGGACGCCAUUCACAGGGGCCUGGCGGUGGGCAUUGCCUCUCACUCCCUCGGCACCUCUGCUCUGGUUGCUGAGGAGCCACGCUCUGCUGCAGUGUCAGGCCUGGCCUUUGCUCUAAAGGGCACACUCAGCAUCAUCCUCAUUUCCAUCCCUGCCUUCCGGAUUGCCCUGCUCCAAUUGGCCGGCACUGCCUGA